CCUGCCAGUCUCCUAAAAUUGAGAAAGAAAUUUAGAAAUUGAAUCAACUUGACGGUUCCAAUGGGGCCUCUCCGCAAGUUACUCCUUUCACUGCUCUUGGUUCCUCUCUGCGCCAUCUCCGGAGGCCGUGCAGAGGCCGUUAUCCCCGGUGGAUGGACUCCAAUACCUAACCUUGAAGACCAGCACGUGAUGGAGAUCGCGAAUUUUGCGGUGGCGGAGUACGACAAGAGAAACGGAGCGAGGCUGAAGUUGGAGAAGGUGGUCAAGGGAGAGACACAGGUGGUGGCCGGGACAAAUUACCGGCUAGUGGUGGCAACGAAGGACGGAUCGUCCUCGGCAACGAAGAACUACGAGGCCGUUGUUUGGGAAAAGCCAUGGCAACAUUUCAGGAACCUGACUUCGUUUGAGGCUGUUCAAGGAUAAGAUCACGGAUCGGAAUUAGGAUACUGUGGAUUUCACUACCAAAUUAGAGGCGGGUCUGAUGCUAUAAGAAAUUGGAUAGUUCCAGAGGAGUGAGAAAAAUAAGGCGCGCUGUUGAUUAUUAAUGACAUCUUGUGUAUUAUCUAUUAUGGUUUUCUAGUAUAUAUUGGUUUUAA